AAUCCAAUAAAUACUGUUCUUAAAAAAAAAAAAAAAAAGGGUCAUUUUGGUUAAAAAUCCCUUUCCAUUAAUUUGAUCUCCAUUGAUCAAAUCAACACACAAAAAAGAGAGAUCAAUGGCGAUGCUUAUAGCUUCCCGUCGAUUGAGUUGCAUACGUACUGCGCCUUCUUCUUCGUGCAGUUUUUUCUCAACUUCUUCUUUCAGAGAAGAAAGAGAUACUUUCGGUCCCAUUCUCGUUCCCCAUGACAAGUUAUGGGGGGCACAAACCCAAAGAUCCCUGCAAAACUUUGAAAUUGGAGGUGAGCGUGAAAGAAUGCCUGAACCAAUCGUACGUGCAUUUGGUAUUCUUAAAAAGUGUGCUGCCAAGGUGAACAUGGAGUAUGGCCUUGACCCGUCUAUAGGGAAAGCGGUAAUGCAAGCUGCCCAGGAAGUAGCAGAAGGAAAAUUGAAUGACCAUUUUCCUUUGGUGGUCUGGCAGACUGGUAGUGGAACUCAAAGUAACAUGAACGCUAAUGAGGUUAUUGCAAAUAGAGCAGCUGAAAUUCUUGGGCAUAAGCGUGGCGAAAAGCAUGUGCAUCCAAAUGACCAUGUGAACAGAUCACAAUCUUCAAAUGACACAUUUCCUACUGUGAUGCAUAUUGCUGCUGCUAUGGAGAUAAAUAAAAGACUAGUACCAAACUUAAAACAGUUGCAUACUUCAUUACACUCGAAGUCAGUUGAAUUCAAGGACAUUAUUAAGAUUGGGCGGACCCACACACAAGAUGCAACACCUUUGACUCUUGGACAAGAAUUUAGUGGUUACGUCACUCAAGUGAAAUAUGGCAUUGAUAGAGUCUUGUGCACCCUUCCACGCAUGUAUCAGCUUGCACAAGGAGGCACAGCAGUUGGAACAGGAUUGAACACAAAAAAGGGGUUUGAUAUAAAGAUAGCAGCCGCAGUGGCAGAGGAAACGAAUUUGCCUUUUGUAACAGCUGAAAAUAAGUUUGAAGCAUUGGCUGCUCAUGAUGCAUUUGUUGAAACAAGCGGAGCCUUAAAUACAGUGGCUGCUUCACUCAUGAAGAUUGGGAAUGAUAUUCGCUUCCUAGGAAGCGGUCCACGAUGUGGUCUUGGCGAACUCAUUCUUCCUGAAAAUGAACCUGGAAGCAGUAUCAUGCCUGGCAAGGUGAACCCUACUCAGUGUGAGGCACUUACAAUGGUUUGUGCUCAGGUUAUGGGAAAUCAUGUAGCCGUAACAGUUGGUGGUUCAAAUGGCCAUUUUGAGCUGAACGUGUUCAAGCCUAUGAUUGCCAAUGCUCUCCUUCAUUCGGUGAGAUUGCUAGGAGAUGCAUCAGCUUCUUUUGAAAAGAAUUGUGUAAGAGGAAUUCAAGCCAAUAGAGAGCGGAUUGCAAAAUUGUUGCACGAGUCGCUCAUGCUCGUCACAUGUUUGAACCCAAAAAUUGGUUAUGACAAUGCUGCCGCAGUUGCCAAGAAAGCUCACAAAGAGGGAACGAGUCUAAAGGAGGCUGCCCUUAAUCUAAACGUCCUCACUGAUGAUGAGUUCGAUAAACUUGUAGUUCCUGAGAAAAUGAUCGGUCCUACUGACUAAUAACGGUCAGCAAUUUUUAAAUGUCGAAGAGAUGAUCACCAAGAGGAUUUGAGCUAUUCUUAGUUGCGCAGACUCUUCACUUUCAAUAGCGCACCCAUGUUGGAUUCUCCAAAAAUACACUAGCUUUGGUGAAUCCGACACGCACCGGUUGACAUUUUUGAAAAGUCUGAGCAACAUUCAGCUAUUUAUUCUUUCCUCAAAAAGAAAAACAUGAAAAUAAAGAUUACAUGACAUUUUGAGGCUUUCAACAUCCCCAACACACGCACACACACACCCCUAAAAGAUCCCAUUUUAUAAUGAAACACUGCAAUGUCAGCAGAAUAUUGUACUAUAGUUUCUAUACUAGUUGAUGAGACUAGAAGAAAAUUGUCCAUUACUUUCUUUGGGAUUGAGGCGUAGUUGAUUAAUUUUUUCA